CAAGGAAAUACCGUAGCAUAUAGGAUACUGUUUGCAUUUUAUGUUAUCAAUGCCUACUUCGUAACUCUCGCCCGAGUUCAAAGUUGUCUCUCUCAUUAAAUAUAUCAUUUCUCGUCUAGCUUAUCUCGGAGACUGAGCAACUGACGUUUCUUUGGAUUCUCUUUGCCAUGAUCGUUUUGGGAAAUGGCUGUGUUUUGGUGGCGUUACUGUUGUCUAGCAAUAGAAAGUCCCGGAUGAACUUCUUUAUAAUGCACUUGGCUGUUGCAGAUAUGACUGUGGGUCUUGUCAGCGUGCUUACGGAUAUUGUUUGGAGAAUAACCAUAGAGUUCCAUGUUGGAAAUAUUGGAUGUAAGGUCAUCAAGUACCUCCAGAUUUUGGUCACCUAUUCUUCCACGUACGUCCUUGUAGCGUUAAGUAUUGACCGUUAUGACGCCAUUAUUAAUCCCAUGAAAUUCUCAGGAGGAUGGAAGCGAGCUCGCCUACUUGUUAUAAGUGCAUGGGUUCUCAGUGCUGUGGCAUCCGGUCCUUCCCUGUUUCUGUACAAUGAAUCCAAGAAAAGUGGCAAGUUUCAGUGCUGGGCAGAACUUCAACCUUGGCAGUGGAAAAUCUACUUCACCCUGGUGGCCAUCUCAGUUUUCUUUCUCCCCGCUCUUAUCAUUUCUAUUUGUUAUGCUGUUAUCGUUUGGACUAUCUGGACCAAAAGUGGACCUAUGAAUUAUUCCAAGCAAAAGAGAACAACUUUUUCAUCUAAAGGAAGCACAAUGAAAUACAGGAUGCCCGUUAGCGAAGGGGAACAUCGAAGAGUGAGUUCCCGAGGGAUCAUCCCUAGGGCAAAAGUGAAAACAGUCAAGAUGACGAUUGUUAUAGUCCUUGUUUUUAUUCUGUGCUGGAGUCCAUAUUUUGUCUACGAUUUACUUCAAGUGUUCGGCUACAUUAGACACAAUCAGACUACCAUUGCAGUGUCAACAUUUGUUCAAAGUCUAGCACCCCUCAACAGUGCAGCAAACCCGAUCAUAUACUGUUUCUUCACAACUACGCUGUACCGGAACCUACGAAAAUUACCAUUCUGCAACUGGCUUGCAAGAAACAUCUGUGUCUGCUUCCCAUCGAUGCAGCGCCCUCUACGAGACACGACAUUUUACCGAACAUCGGAAAACACCAUGACAGAGUCGUUAACCAAGUCAUCCAGACGAUAUUCUGCCUCUCAAUUUUCACUCAAAUGUAACCCAUCUAAUAACGUUACACUUAAGCGACACAUAGUGGACAAGAAUGGAACAAGAACUAGCUUCUUAAGAACUAGUCAAAACCAAACUUGUUCAAAUGUCUAAUAUCUUCAACAUGUUACUGUAUUUAUCUUACUGUUAGGCGUCUAGUUCUGUUAAUGAAAUGUCGAGUGGGCUUUUGUCAUAAAGUGGUGGCCUAUGUUUUUAUGUUGUAGUUUGCACCUUAUUCCUAAUCAAACAUUUAAGUUUUCCAUAAAAUAGUGUGUUACGCGUUUGCUUAAACUACAUUUCAAACUUGAUACAUAACGCUAAGUAGAAUAACAAGAAUAAAUUGUGAGCUGAAGUAAACAAAUACUGCGAGAGUGGUAAUUAGUUUUUAAUACCAUACUGUCAGACUAACAAAUGAAAAUAAAAACAAUUAUAAGAUUUGCUUGUCGUCUUCACUAAGUUCAGAAUGUAUUCGUACGCCAUGAGACUAGUGCGUUCCUUUUUUUUUUGUUUUUGUGCUUAUUGUCUUAGUAAUUGAAUUGUAAGGUAACACAAUAUGUACAUGUAUGAGUAUACAUUUUUUUCGUGAAAUAUUUUUCGACCUGCAGUUAGUCCUGUAAAUAUUUUAAUCCAUUAGAUGCGUGUUAACAAUGAACAUGAUAUUACAAUGGUAUAUAUACAUAACUACUAUUAUCACGUACUAGAAUUUUUAAAGUACUGUUAAUACGGUAUGUUGUUUAAAACACAGACACAAUGUCGGAUAGUAAGCAAUACAAUCACAGACGUAAUGAAUAACAACAUAUUUAUUGAACGUUUCGCAAUAUACACAUUUUAUUUUCAGCAAAUUACUGCAACAAAAUAGAAAGAUAUAAUUACAAAUAAUCAGUUGAGUGUUAACCAAAAGCUUAUGUAUUCCGGUAAACAUUUCCAAGGGUAAUGUUAAAACUCGAAGUGGAGAGAGGUUAUAAAAACCAACGAGUGAACUUGGGUAUAAUGUAAACCCACACUAAAAGCAUUAGUAAAAAUAUCUAUGUAGCUAGCGGGAACUAUUAAAACAAGAUUAACAAGCAGAAGUUAUUAUUCAAGCUAAGAAGAUUUUGCUUGAUAAGUGGACUACCUCUGUGGUUGUAUCGUUCAUUACUAGACUUCGUUUUCCGCUUCGUGAAGCUGUUACAAACACUAUGUGAAUUGUUGUGGAGUAAUAAAUUGGAUAACCAAAUUGAAUUUGUGACAUAAUCAUCAUCUCCGCUUUAAAUUAAAGUUGUUGUUGUUUUUUAAAUCGUUUAUUACAUUUUUAGUUUCAAAGAUAGCAAGUUAUAGCGUCUUAUCAUCUCAAAGAUUAGUUCAUACUUAUGUCCGCCUGGUGACUCCGAAAUAAGCUUUAUGGGAUUAUAACUAUAAAAAUCUGGGUUCGAUUCCCCCUCCUCAAUGGGAAAAGGCUGAAUGCAUUGUGUGGAUUUACGCUUAAACAUAAACAAACAAACAUAUAAACAAAGCUACGAAAAGGACUAGUUUUCACUAAAAUAUAAUAUAUAUUUUUGAUCUGAGUCAAUGAGAUCAAACAAAUAAUGAGGAAGUAGAGUUUGUACAUGUUCUAAUGAAACUCCCUUUUUAUUAUGGUAGUUAUGGAAAGAGAAAGCUCUUAUUAACAACAGCCCAAAUAAUUUGCAAUCAUUACGUUUAGCCAGUAGACAAAGGCUAUGUUAUUAUUACCUAGCAGUGUUAAGUAAACAUGCAACACAUUUACUUGGGCUAUCGUGCAAAGACUGAAAGACAAAUUUCUUAUCAAAAGCGAUUAUCAUUCAGUUACAAGAUACGGUUAACACGUAAGAUAUGCAGGAAGAUCAUACAAAACGAACCAGAAUUUAACGAAUAUUCGUUUUCAUAAUCGCUAUUUUUUACACGAAAUGAUUCCGAAGACGCAAAUAGACAUCAGAACCUCUUGAUUUUCGAAACAUUACAAUUCAGUAAUGUUACUACAAUAUCUUUUCUUUCGAUUAUUUAAAAAGGAGACUUGAAUUGUUAUCUUUUUGUUCAAUAAACUAGGAUUUCCUUCUUUUUUUUUGUAAAGUUCGCUUUCUCGAUUCGUUAAUUUUUUUCUUUAACCAUGUUUAGCUCACUCUAAACUGUAGAAAUUUUAAGGAUUUGUUAGUUUUCUAUUUGUACAGUUCUCAUAUUUUGGGAUAUGCGAAACUUGCGUAAUAUCUCUGGUGAAAAAUAUAUAUAUAUUUAACACCUAUAUACAGAACCGUUGUACGUAGUCUUCUAAUGACAUCUAUUUAGUGUAUUCUACAGAAGAAGGCCAAGUGUGGCCUGGUGGUUAGCAUGCCGGAUUAUGAAUCCGAUAAUUUGUUGUUCGCUUUCCGGUGCUGCACUUCGGAGCAUUGGGUGUGUUAUAAGAGCGACAGUAAAUUCCCAUUAUUCGAUUACAGCAGCCCAAGAAUUGACGGUGGGUGCUAUUGACUAGCUGCCUUCCCUCAAGUCUAUUAGUACCAAACUAUGGACGGCUAGGACUGUGAGGCUUUGCGCGAAUAUCCGAAACAACAAACAAAAACUACAGAGGAUGUCUUCAAUUUCAGAUAAUGUUUAUGUAAGUUAUGUACGUAAGACUUUUAUGUGAAAUGUAUUGGAAUUAUUAUUGUUUAUUAUCGGGUAAUUACAUAAAUAUAGUGCUACUGAUUGUUUGUUCAUGUUUUCAAGAUUCGUGAUUGUUUGGAUUGUAUGCAACUGCUACAUAAAAAGCUUUUUUUUUGGAUAUCACACAGAAAAAAACUAUUUUUUUGUUGUAUUUUAUAUUACAAAAUUAUAAUAUUUAAAUUAUAGAUUGGCUUCUUCUGAGUGUUACUUAUAUAAAACUAACUUAUAUUUGACCCUUACAUCUGAUAUUUUACCAUCACGGGCUAGUCAGCAUGACCUCUUGCACCCCACAUCUACAUCCAUUUGCUUCUCCUUAUUAACAGUUGUUAAUUUUGGACGUUAAAACAUAAUCUGGAACAAGCUUAGAUUUGUUUAUUUUUAUUUUACUUAGUUUACUCUGCAAUAAUUAAAAAAAUUACUAUACACUCGACAAGUAAACAAAUCUGUAAAAGGAGUCGAGCAGGUUUUAUAACCUCACUCUUGCUUUAUCAAAUAAGAGGAAUAUAUUAUUUCACUAUUAAUUACAACUAUAUUCGUCAAAAGUUAUAUUUUAUUCCUUUUUAUUCCCCACCCCUCCCACAUCCAAACUCAACUAAUGAUGCUUAUAUGUUUAUUUCUUCUUCGAAGCUGACUUAAAUCAUCAUAUAGAUAGCUUUUCAAGACACGCUAGGUCUUUAGCCUAAUUAUAUUGAUUUGUUCUUAUUGUUUUGGCGAAGAUGAAGAACACAUAUUUCUAUAUGCUCUUUGUCAUAUAUUGUUAUACAUAUACAGUAUAUGUUUGUCAUUUUUGGAUUUUGUCUUAUAUUGUUGUACAUACGUGUUUGUAGUUUUUGGAUUUUGUGUUUUAAUGUAUUUUAGAAAUAUUCUUAAUGGUUCACGUAUCUUGUAAAUUUCAAACUAAGAUAAUAUUAAACUGUAAUGACUUUUAAUCCUAAUAAAUAUCAAAAAUAAAAACUCUGUUAUUAAGUGAAAAAAAUCUACCAUUUUUAAAGUCUCAGUGUAGGCAAAUGGAAUUAUUGGUUGAAUUUCAUUAAACAGUAUAUUCAAAGUAAAGCAGCUGCUUUUAAAAAAGGUUGAUCAACUUUCCUUAUUUUGCGAUACUACAAAAGUUUUCAUGUUGGUUUACAAUUUUUUUUAUGUCUAUAUAAAACAAAAACGUUAUGAAAAUAAAUCAUUUUUCUCGAGAAAGAUAAAACGUGAACAUUCGAAACUCAAAUAAUAAAAGAUGUUCAUUGAAACAUAAUAAGAUACAUGAUAUUUUGUAUGUCGUAUAAAAAUAAACCGUCCCCCGGUGGAACAGCGGUAAUUCCACUUACAACGCUAAAAUACGGGGUUCGGUUUGCGCUGGACACAGCAGAUAGCCCAAAGUGGCAUUGCUCGAAGACAAACAAACAUAUUAAACCACAGUUUCGGAACAAAAUAUUAGCAUAAGGAUUAGGAGAACAGAUUCGAGAUUUUCACGUAUUCUCCUCAGUCCUGCAUAGUGGUAUAUUUUUUAUUAUCUUUAUACUUUAAUUAUUUGGGCUGCAACGUAAUGAAGCACUUUUUAAAAUUAAAUGUGUACUAUAUUUCUAUAAAAUAUGAUAUAUUUUUGUUGUUUACACCGGUUUGUAUAUUUUUACAUUAUCUUAUUUCCUAAUUAUGCAGGCUAAUGCACAUGCUUAUACCGGUUUUUAUAUUUUAUGUAUAUUUUUGCAUUAUUUUAUUUCCUUGUUAC